ACCACCACCACCACCACCAACAUCACCUUCUCCGCACUCCCCGCACUCCACCACUACGUCGAUACUACCACGAACAGCCCACCGAAGCAGAAAGAAACAGAGACAGAGACAGACAACUCGACGCCAUGGGCAAGGACAAGAAAGAGCAGAUUAUGCUCAAAGUACCCAAGGGGACCAAAGAUUGGGAUGGCAAGGACAUGGUCAUUCGCGAGCGCAUCUUCUCCACCAUCGCCGAAGUCUUUAAGCGUCACGGCGCCGUCACCAUUGACACUCCCGUCUUCGAGCUAAAGGAGAUUCUUUCUGGCAAAUAUGGCGAAGACAGCAAGCUCAUCUAUGACUUGGCCGACCAGGGCGGAGAGAUGUGCUCGCUGCGAUACGACUUGACUGUCCCUUUUGCGCGCUGGCUGGCCAUGAACUCAAGCAUCUCUAGCAUCAAGAGAUAUCACAUUGCCAAGGUCUACCGACGAGAUCAGCCCGCCAUGACCAAAGGACGAAUGCGAGAGUUCUACCAAUGUGACUUUGAUAUUGCGGGCGAGUACGACUCCAUGAUUCCCGACUCGGAAAUCCUGCGCAUCAUUGUAGAGAUCUUUGAGGCGCUGGGCUGGCAGGGCCGCUAUACCAUCAAGCUCAACCAUCGCAAGAUCCUCGACGGCAUCUUCCAGGUGUGCAAAGUUCCCGACGACAAGAUCCGCACCAUUUCAUCAGCAGUAGAUAAGUUGGAUAAGUCACCGUGGGAAGAGGUGCGUCGAGAGAUGACCGAAGAAAAGGGCUUAGAUGCUGCGAUUGCAGACCGUAUAGGCGAGUAUGUCGUGGGGCGGAAGGGCAGCGAGGAACUGUUGGCAGAACUGCAAAAAGACGAGGAAUUGCAAGGGAAUGAGUCGGCCAAGGCUGGUCUGCAGGAUAUUCAGACGCUCUUCAAAUUCCUCAAGAAAUUUGGCAUCCUCGACCGAAUAUCGUUAGACAUGUCGCUUGCUCGUGGUCUCGACUACUACACGGGCCUCAUCUACGAAGUCGUCACAGAAGGAUCUGCACCGCAGACCAGCGAAGGCCAGGCACUGCAACAAGAAGCGAAGAAGUCUUCACGAUCGAAGAAAAGUGCUGAUGGGGAUGAAGACCGCUCCAACGAUCCUACCGUCGGUGUAGGGUCUGUCGCCGCUGGAGGUCGGUACGAUAAUUUGGUGGGCAUGUUCAGCGGGAAGAAGACGAUCCCCUGCGUGGGCAUCUCGUUCGGAGUGGAGCGCAUCUUCAGUAUCACAAAACAACGACUCGCAGCAGACGCAUCGGCAGCUCCGAUCAGAGCAAACGAGGUGGACGUCUAUGUCAUGGCAUUUGGUGGCAAGGGGUUCGAAGGUCUGUUAGAAGAACGAAUGGAAGUUGCUGCGCGACUAUGGGAUGCUGGCAUCAAAGCCGAGUUUCUGUGGAAGACCAAGCCGAAACUUCCUGCACAAUUUAAAGCUGCCGAGGUGAGCGGUAUACCCUUUGCCGUCAUUCUCGGCGACGAGGAGCUCGCUGCCGGCAAAUGCAAGAUCAAGGAAAUGGGUCUGCCCGAGGGACAUGCAGAAAAAGAUGGUGUCCUCAUAGAUUUGGCCAAUUUGGAGCAGGAAGUGAAGACUCGCAUCUCCAAACAAGCAACGGUAGCCACGCUCUCCAAUGGUGUGAGUUCGAUUGAUCUCAAAGUCGAAGCCGCUGGAGUCAAGACGGACUAGAGAUACAGGAGAAACACCUACUUUUGCGGGUCAUACAUGUAUGCUCGCAUCAGGAUUGUAUUGUGCGUGUCGAGAUGGAAACACGCGCAUGAUGAUACCCACGGCGGAGCGCUGUACGGCUCGGAAAAAAACAGGAGACGGGAUAUCUUCGCCAUCGCAGAUACGUUUCCGGCUACAGAUAGAAUGGUGAGUAGAAACAGAGAAGAGACAUCACCACUUUUCGCAGUUCACUUCACUUGACUUUAUCCCUGAUAGCAUUUCUCACGCCUGGCUCGAUGAAUGUCGUUUUCGUGCCACCUCCACAUGCAAGUUGAAUAGUAUCAGAAGGCGGACCAAGAUCUAUCUGUUCAGAAUGGUGAGGUCAGCGGGGACGAGAGAUUUGUCUUGUAUUUUGAGUGGAGGUACGUGGAAAUAUAAGAAUAGAACGAGACAAGGCAAGACAUGAAGUAGGAC